UUUUCUAUUAGAUUUGGCUUUUUUAAAUGUUUUCUCUAAAUAGGAAGUUUCAAUAAUUAUGUUUUUUUUUCCAAAAACUGUAAAUAAUGGGUUGACUUGCUAUAUUUUAACACGUGUCUUAUUUGCUAUUAAUAGAAAACGAAAGAAAAGGCAUUCACUCUAAACCUAAUUCAGAACUAUUUCUCCACCAGCACAAGCUUCGACUCCAUCUUCUGACUCCAUCUUCUGACCACCAUGAUCCCCAAAGAAGCUAAACCAAAUCAGCAAGAGACGAUGACUAAGCCGCAACCACUGUCGUUAUCAUCACUCCCAGACGAAAUCUUAGAGAACAUUCUUGCCCGCCUGUCCAAGUGGAAUUACCCUAAUCUCUCUCUUGUCUCCAAGAGAUUCCUCUUUCUCCUCUCUUCUCCCCAACUCUACACUACGCGAUCUCACAUCGGAACCACCGAACCAUGCCUCUAUUUUUGCUUAGACGAUUUGCUCAGUAUACCACAUCCCAAAUGGUUUACUCUUUGGAUGAGACCUGCCGAUGAAACCCUAGAAGACGAGGAUGAAAUUCUUGAAGACUAUUCGUUGGUGUCGGUACCCUCUGGUCGUCACCAUCUUAAACACGUACCAUACUCUUCCACCGUAGCUGUUGGCUCGGACAUCUACGUAAUCGGUGGACCCUACAAGGGGCCACCGUCUUCACUUGUUUGUAUCUUUGAUGGUCGGAGUCACACGUGGCGUGAAGGUCCCAACAUGUUGGUGGCCCGUGAGAAGGCGUAUGCAUUUCAUAUCGAUGGGAAAAUAUAUGUAAUGGAAGAGGACCGGAAAGACGAUAAUUGGAUGGAAGUACUAGACAUAAAAACUCAAACUUGGAGUCGCUUGCUGGGCCAUGGAGCUACUGAGUUUCGUGACGAUUGGUUUCUUGUCAAUGUGUUUAGAGGACAGAUAUACGUAAUUGCUGCUACGGAGAAUUUUGGAUAUGACCCAAAAGAAGGGACAUGGGAAGUUGUGGAAACGCACGAGUGUUAUGGACAUAUCGAUAGUUGGUGUGAGAUAGAGGAUGUAAUGUUUUGUUUUACGAACUCUGGUUAUUGCAUGUGGUAUGACACCAAGAGUAGAGAGUGGAGGGAGGUCAAGGGUUCGGAUAUGGAAGUAUUGCGUGAUACAAGCGAGCAUAGCUUAGCAUGGGGGUGUGUUGUUGAAACUGUUAACCAUGGCGGGAAACUAUUAGUUAUCUGGGUCCCCAAAUACAAGACAAAGGAGAAAAGGAGAAUUUGGUGUGGGAAAAUUGCAUUAGAGAAGCGCCAUGAAGGUGAGAUUUGGGGUAAGAUGGAAUGGGUUAAUGAAGUCCUUACGGUCACCAAUUCGUUUAACUUCUUGAGUUGUGUACUCAUUAUGAUUUAAGGAUUCCUAAAAGAUGGAACGCAUACUAAUUGAACAAUAUUGUGAUAUCUUGGUAGAAUGGCAUUAGUUAUUUCUUUCGCUUUGAACAACCUGUUUUGUUCUUUGAAAGAAGCUCUAUAUUGUUUUUGUCAUCUUUGAAUAUCAUGAAUUGUUUUUUUUUUCUUUUUGAAAUCCACUAUGAUGCUAAUGUCACUUUCAACUUGCUAGCUCACUUCAACACCAAGGACACAAUUUUACUUAAACACCAUACAUAGUAUAUUAUCAGAAGCUUUAGAAGGAUGAAUAUAAACUAAACUACUUACAUGAAGGCAAUCCUAAACAUUUCAGCUUUAUCCAGCGAAAAUUCAUUAAUUAAACUAAUAGAAAAGAGCAACAAAAAUUAUCGCCAAUCACUUUUUCGAACAUCAUA